GAUGCGAGGAUCGAUUUUCCGCCAGUACGGAAGUAGACGCGCUUAAAAGACAGUCGCCGCUGCGUGUCGGUCGUCACUUGUUCGCUCCUCCGGCUCAGCACUCUCCAGUCUCUGGAAGGUCAGCUGCGUUCGGCUACCAAGCCAUCCUCGUACGCGAUCACUGCAACAUUAGCCACUGCUGCUGCUGUCGCUGCUCCAAUCUCUCCUAAAGCUCCUGCCCACCGCACGCCCGCUUCGGGUGGUGCCAGUAGCUUAGGCACUGGUCAGUGUCGACCUGAAAGCCUCAGGCGCACGCGGAUACAUGUACCGCCUCAGUUCCGGCUGUGUCGAGAAUGGUGUUGUGUGCCACCGGGGGUUACGUACAAUGAGCCCUGUGUACGAGUUUCAACCAGAAGAUGCAAGCUUGUUUCGUGAUGAGAACGUUAUCAUACCCUCCAUGAUGGGUUGCUGCAGUGCUUUUAGGCGGGGAAACGGGAUUGAUUGGUCUGCAACGGUGGGUGGUAAUCGCGGUCAUGCCGCAAGCGCUGACAGAGAAACUUAAUAAUUUAUUAGGGAUGGCCCCUCAGGCGAUAAUUGGGUAAGAGAGGGAAGGGCAGCGUAGCCACUGAAAAAGAAAAUUCCGGCUAUAUCACUCUUUCAGACGAACAUUUCAUUCCCAGUCAGAGGCAACAUUUUUGAUUAUGUCAAAUUUUAGUGAGAGUAUGCCAAAUCACAUUAUUCCAUAAAAUAUUUCACUACUUCUUUUCCCCGUGACACUCGUUGCCUGAACAGGGUCAUGUCUGUACAAGCCUGUAAAUAGAAACUGACAUGCGUAGGCUCAACCUAAGGGAUUGCGCGCUAAUGGCACGAUUAUACACCAGUCUCCACAAGAAGCAAGCAUUGCAACAACCGUAAUGCCGUGACAAGCUUCCAACUUCUGGUGUUCUCAUCUUUCUAAUAUGGCGUUGUACUAAUUUAUGUAAGUACGUAAUUUCUCGAGCGGUUAGCAAGUGUUUAGCGCACGCAUCGUGCCAGUCGCAUUUACAGUGCCGCAAGUGACUCAAGAAAGCAACUCGCAUCAAUCAGUCGGCAUGGUGCUAAUUGUCAAGUUACUCGCUUUGCGCGCACAGCAUAAUGCGUCGUGCCCUGAAGCGCCGCCAUCUGCUGUUGGAUGCGAGCGCUGCUUUCUUAUUCAGACUUGUGCAGUUAGGCAAUGUCGCCAGCUGUCAUCACGUUAUUAGUAUGUUGUUAAACCUAGAUUCUUCGGUUGUGAUUGAAGCGUUUAUUUUCGUUGAUUGGUUGAUAUCACUCGACAAAUAUCAUCCUUGAAUCGGCACUAGUAUUCGAAAGCAUUAGCCAGUCUCGCCACUCGGCGUCAUUGUUUGAGAAUGGUUAGUGUAUCCUCUUGAAAAAAUGAUUACUUGCUCUGGUGUUUGUUGUCACAACUCUUUAGGCGCUGCAAGUGUGCCGAUUUUGGACGUUUUCUUCUUUAAGAUUUCGCGUAACCUCAUGAAUGCCAUCUUGUUGAGAAGGGUCAUUCUUAAUUCAAAAGUGAAUGUAGCGUUCUUUAAUUAUAUAUAACGACUGGUGCAACAAGAUAGCCUGAACAUUGAGGUUAUGCGGAACCACAUUCUUGUUAGCAGCAUAUUCGAACUGUUUCUACGCCUUAGGUAUAACGGCCGGACGGCCUUUGUUCCACGUCGCACCAUGUACUGCCAUUCAGCUAAGCACAACGGAGGUUGCAUUCACCGAGCACCCAGUGCAGUUGUUUCUUACAUCAAAUAACUGUGCCUCAACGAGGAGUUACACAAAACCGUAACUUUGGUUUUAUUCUGUCUAACCACAGCUUGAAUAAAUGAAAUACGUCAUGGCAUUUUCAUGAUUCGUGAAGGUGAAAUAACAUUUACCGUUAUAAAGGAAAACAACUCGUAGUAAUGUUGCCGUGUCAGUACGGUACUGAGCAAUUUCGCACGUUGCUUGUGUGUAUGACUAUGCUUUAGUCACUCCUCAUUGGGCGCAGUCUGUUUUAUGUAAAAAAAUAUUUUCCUAACAAAAAAUGAAAUGUUUGUGAAGUGUGCUACUAACCAUGAAACUGACCAACUGCUUUUGUGCUCCAUUCGUAUCAUUGUAAGCACUGGCGUCCCUCGACUGACAGUGAGCAACACAUCUUGGUGAGAGUUGUCGGGUCAGAAACAGCUUCAAUAGUUUCAAAUUCUGGCGCAGUGAGACACUUCUGAAUUUUCAUACUGACAAUUUUUUUAAAUAACCCGGUCGACUAAAAAGAUUAUCUGAACGCACGUUCGAUUAAAAUAGAUUGAAUUUCCUGGCCUCAUCACUUGUAGUUCGGGUCAAAUGCGCUGAAGUACUGUAGAGUUAACCACAGCCCAACAGCCCUGUGCUACAGAAAUUUGCAACAAUAGUUUUUGCAAGCAGUAAGCCAACUACAGUCGCCCUGAAACUGAGCGGCACUGUUCCUUUUGGACCAAAAAGUACCAAGUACCUCCCAUGGGUCUGUGUCAAUAGGACACGCUUUGUCCUGCCACGGGGUUUGGUCAUGUAUUGAAAUACGCACUUGGACAAUUGCUCUAGGUUAAUGUAUUAAGUCAGUGAUACUACCAAGUGUAGUUGAGCUUUUUUUAUUAAAUGAUGAAACAUAUAUUAAAGAAUAUAUUCCUGUGGACUCAUCGCCUGCAGCGCUUACUGUAUACACGUGAAUAAAUUAAAAAAGUACAUAACAGUCUCAUUGGGUGCUGUCUAUUAAGACUGUAUUCUUGGCUGUAGCUACCUAAGUGCGGUAAAAAAUCGUACUGCGUAGUCAAGCAUAUUCAUUCUCGCCAAAGCCAGGCGUUAUGAAUGGUGCCUAUGCCGGGGUGCUCUCUAGAAAUGUAGCCUUCGCAAGUUCCCGGAUAACGAUAGUAUCGAAAGUGCACUCCUGCUCAGUCAAAACUUUGAACGCUUUUCAGUGGAAGCUGUCUACUGCAGGAUGUCAGCACGAAUUGUGCCUACAUGAUAGUCGUCCACAGUCCAAACUGCGAGGUAUUUAGUACCGAGAUUUUUCUCGCGCAUUGAGCAUUAUAAAAUAAUUAAAAGCGCAAUUUUAAGUUUUCUGCCAUUGUCUUCGGUACGAGUGUGUGUCGUAACACGUGCAAGUUUCAAUUUGCAAAUAAAAUAUUUGACGCCUCGAGGCUGUACUGCCAGGGAAGAUGGGUCUCUGGUGUUAGAGGCUCGGGGUAUGUGCCAACGCUUCGGCAAGUGAAUUUUCUUCGUCAAGCAAAGCCCAUUUCUCGCAGCGGUGCUCGCGAAAAUUGGGCGAACAGUAGAAACAAUAGCGCGUUGUAUACAGAACAAAAACAACAAAAAGUUUGUUACGGUCCGAGGCAUAAAUAAUCCAACGUGUAAGCGUUCUGUGUUGAAUUGCCUGCCGCCGUAACCUCUUGCUUGACAUAAAGCUGAUUCAUCCACGGAAACCCUGUGCCCUGUAUUAUUGCAAGCAAGAACCGUCGGUUUCGUUUUCAAGACGACCGUUCGAUGCUUGCAGUGCAAAAUGCUACACAUUUUGGUCCCUUCAUUUAUGCUGUGCGCUGAACAGUUUCACUCGCUUUCCUGCACUUACACAAAAACGUACGACAAAACAAUCCAAAAAUGGUAGUCAAAGGAACACAGACACGAUCAUUGUGGAAAGCCAGUUUUUUAUUAUUUUUAUUAUUUCUAUCUAGAGUAGGAAAUUGCAAUAUGACUAAUCGUUGUGAGCACAUUUUUCAUUACUUUUAGCACUGGUAUCAUAUUUUGUUUAGCUUUUAAGAACAUAUGUUUCCGUUGAGACCGCACGCCGUCUCUUGUUGAAUCAAAUACAGUGGUGACCUGAGCAAAAUGAUGCUUCUUCAACGUAAUGUUUUGCAGUUGUCACCCACUAACACCAUUCCCAUUAUGUACAACUCUCACAUCGUAUUUCAAAAAGCCUAAGUUCCUGGCAAGGACUUCAUGAGCACAGUUAUUGUGCGUAAUGGCAGCACUGACACGCAUACGCACUUAAUGAUUACGUAAUAAGACCAAUUCAGCUGAUGCUCUGCGUGAAGUUCAACUCCUGAAAAGUUCUCGUUUUUGGGUACUGCUGUCUUCUCGUCUGGCAGCCUUUUACCGGCAGGUUGCCUCGACUCCUCGAUACCAGAAGGCCAAGCUAGUUGAUAAGGUUGUUAAACUUGCUAAAGGCCUUGCUAAAUUCCAACUAACGUUCGCUUAUAAGCCUAGUCGUACCUUGUCAGGCUUUGAUUCAGUGUAUUCUAUGAGUCGGUGUGUUCGUCGCGGAAGGCUGCGACGUCGUUGGCAGGCGAUGAUAGCCGUAGGAAAUAUUUCAGGAUCUUAAGUAAUCGCUUAGUGUUAAGCCGUUACGAUAUGAAACGCUGCAUUACUUGCGAACGAGAACAUAAAUAUGCAUGCUUUUUAUGAGUGCUGCCUCUGGGUUUUGCCCAACGACAUACAUACAUCGACCUUUCUGACAAAAUAGAAAGAAUAAAGAGAGGAAACUGAACACGAAAGAAACUUAUCUUGGUAAAAGUAUGGCGCACGGCCAAUUAUGUCCGGCAUUUUCAACAGUGCACUGAACAGACGUCUUCCGUAAGGCACCACUUCAUAUCCUGGUUACGUUCCUGGCGUUAGAAAUACUGUUAUGUUGCUCCUGACGUCAUUUCCAUGCAACCCAACGGGCUGUGCUGUUACGCACAAGCACAUAUGACACGGCAUGAGUUCUUCAUUAGAUCCGCCUGAAAUGGCGUCUUGGCUUCCUCAGCAUUUCUUAGCGAAAAAAAAAACGAAUGAUGAAAUGCACAAGCAUAUUGCCGCUUUCCGUCUAGACUUCUUUCCCUGCGCCUUUGUAACUGUAAUUGAGAUAAAUCCAUCCGAGAACCCUCAAUUGAUCUGGCUAGAAAGACAAAAUGAACACUGUUGUCUUCAAGACCGCGUUAAGUAUGCGCUAAAAGAUGGCCGUUGUUUCUUGUGUUAAUUAACCAGUUAUGUCAUUCCCCAUGAAGCAACAAAAGUUUAAUUGUGCACGCGAAACGAAAGACGUUCUAAAACAGCAAAUAGUCUCAACACGAAGUGGAAGGCUACCUUAUUCCAUCCUACAUAUCAUUUAAGGGAGCCUGAAACGACGUGAAAGCACUGGAGCAAGCUUAAUCUCCAUCGGCUUAAAUCUCAGCAUUUUAGUCACUGCAACGACGCUACUGAAAUUGGUUUCCAAGAUGUCGCUCUACACAUGGUUUCUAUGUAACCAGUACCCCUACUGAAGGGGAUCUUGAGAUAAGUGACAUUAUUUCGAAGGUCCUGUUGUGUAAAUAGGAUCGUCGCACUCGCGUGAAACCGACUAUCGGUAGCUGUGAAAUUCAAACAUGCCUAAAAGAAAAGCUGUCUGAAAACUGACUACACAAACGCUUAAUAGGAUGCUCUCCUCUUUGCGAAAACGCUUCCUCAUUCAGUAAGUCUUCCUACACCCUCAAGUAAGCUACACGACACAUUUUGGAGAACAGUUCAGCGCAGAUGCGCACCAUGGCAACGGCCAGUAGAAGGUGCCACCAAACACAGCAUAUUCAAAGCAUUGUUUAGUAUUCAGAUAACGCGCCUCUGCGGUGCUUUGGAAAGUGCCCGCACUACGAAAGCGUUCGUCUGAAUUAUUUGAAAGCGCUUUAUUUCACGCUAUUUAAGUUUCUAAUUGAAUAUUCCCACAAGUAUGGUGUCUUUUUUUUCUUAAGGUGGACGCCUUACAAGAAUUAGUUCAUUUCUUAUAUUUUCGCCAGAAUACCUGCAACUACAUGUGUCUCAGCUAAAGCUUGGUUCUAGCUGCAUAGGAAACCCUGUGUCGUUAGGAGUCAUGUACUUCAAAGAACGGUUGCUCAUCAAUACCUCACACAGCACACGGAGGCGCUGACUGUUAACAUGGGUGACAACUGCAUACUCACUGCAUCAGGUACAAUGUAAAGCAGAUAUACACUGAUAGAAUCCACGUGGACAAUUUGCUUUCGCAAGGUUACUCAUACAUAAGUUCGUUUGCCGGAAGCCAGAUGGUCAGAAACGAUAGAAAACAAAGCGCAAGGUACAAUAACAUUCGUAUUACAUUGAAAACACUCUUGAACGUCACUGGUGUGCGCCAUCCAAGUCAUCGACCUCAAGUGGAUCAUUUCAAGUGGACAAUGUGGUAUGUCAAAACUUUGAGCAAGUCGCGCAUCUCUUCAGGGAGCUUUCCUGUAAAUGUAGCAAGGUUUAUGUAACCUGCAGCCAUAACGCAUGCUGCUCUGUCGCACUAUCAUUACAGGGUUCAUAAUAUUUUCGACAGAACCGAUCGCGCAGUGAUUAUCGCGUGCGUGAGUAAAGCACAAGUUCCAUUCCUGUCAUUCACUCCCGGCAUUGCAAGCGUGACUCGACAAGCCUUCCGUUACGGAGGCAAACCAUUCGAGGUUCCUUAAUAGACGCUCUCUGCGGGGAGCUGCGCUGCAAUAGGAAUGAAACUUGCGCUCGGCACCCGGCAUUCCCAUUACUGUCGACGGACUGGCCGCAGCUGGACAACCUCUCUGCUGGCUGUCUUAUUAGCUCGUUUGCACGUUGUCGGCACUUAUGUGAUCGAGUGAAUAACGCGCGCGUCACACGGCGUUGUUGUGUCGCGAAACUUUUGAGCUUAUCUGUGUUUUCGCAUGCUACUGCGGUGGGUCUGCAGACAGUAAUGCACGAUUUUGAGCGAUACACCGGACUGACGCGCCAAGUUUCUGCAGGGCGGCAUUUGCGAUCCUGCGCAGAGGCAGCUGACACCGUGACCCAAGUUGCAUGCAGCGAGUUCGCCGUAUGCGUGCACCAAAUCGAGGAGUCGACACGCGAUAUACACUUAUGCCACCUUUGGUAAAAAUAGCGAUGGUAUUUAGAAUCGCGUCACUUGGGGUAAAGUUGCUUGGGUGCUGUCAGUCUAACGUGCUGAAGUAGUGCCGCGUGUGAAAGACUUUUGUGCGAAUGUUCUCCAACGGCGCUAAUAAGCAAUGCAUAUAUAAAACGCAUUAUGCCACAUUUUGCCCUUAAUUAUUAACGUUAAGCUUUUUUUCCACGUUAUAGAGUUUUUUUUUUUUUUUUUCACCGUAAUUGCGGCUCUUAAAGAAGGAAGACAUGCGUGGAGCCGUUUUGCUUUGCUUCCUUUGCAACUGAACAUCUCCCAACUUUACCUGGCCUAAACCAUGUACAUUUAGACGAUUGCAUGAUAAUUGUCCAAUUAUCUGUUUAGCCGCACGAAGCUUAGCGAAAUGCAGUAGUGUGACCCCCUUUUAAUAGGGCUUUCACCAUUUCACUCAAUAAAUUUGCGAACUAGCCCUAGGGUAGGUAACAUCGAACAGUAUGCGAAAUCUCUACUUUCGUUUGUUAUGUGGUGCCUUCGUGCCAGCUUUAACACGCAAGCGGAUGUCAGCUCAGCCUUUUAGGAUCUGUACCUGUGUCUAAUGCAACGCAGUAUAGAGCAGGUGUGAAAUCCCACUGCAUUGUCUCUCUUACAGUGUACUCUGCACCCAUUUCGUAUUCAGUAAGCUACCUAUGCAGUCUUCGUCUGGUUAAUUUAAUAUCUUAUGCAUACAUGCACUAAAUUUACCGGCCUGUUGUCUUGCACAAGUAUCAGCCAUUCUUCCAUGUACGCUCAACAGACAGAAAUGGGGCAGUUUAUUUUACAGCAGACGUAACAAUGCCACGAGUGGCAAACGAUCACUCGUGAAAAACGCGGUGCCUUCACGCCUGCUCGAUACCUGCGAAGUCACUUGCUGAAUUGUGCGACAGUCUCGUCGAAGCGGGAGCUGCGCCUCUUGCCACGGUGUCCUUUAGAAAUCGGCCAGAGUAGUACGUGGAUAGCCGAGGCACCGGGCCCCCUCCAUCUUCGACGAGCGUGCAGCUAGCCGCAGCGUGCGACUGGUGGACCUGGGGACGGUCACUAACGCGUUGUCUGUGUCCGUGUGGAGCAGAUUGCGCAUCCAAGAUGGUGAAAGUGGAGAUCGACAGCCCGAUGGUGCGCUACUCGGCGGACCUGAUUGAGGCCGACUACGUGUACUCGAUGUCCGAGGCCAAGGUCGAGGGCAACGUGUGCCGCGUGCGGCCGCGCGACGUCCGCAUGACGUUUCGCACCAAGAGGCGCGUGCCCCGACUGGGUGUCAUGCUGGUCGGCAUGGGAGGCAACAACGGCACCACCGUGGUGGCCGCCACGCUGGCCAACAAGCUGGGCCUGUCCUGGAGAACCAAGGACAAAGUCCAGCAUGCCAAUUACUACGGGUCCAUCACGCAAACUUCUACCGUCAGCUUGGGGACUGGGCCCCAGGGAGAUGUGUGUGUGCCGAUGAAGGACCUGCUGCCCAUGGUGAACCCUAACGAUGUAGUCUUUGACGGCUGGGACAUAUCGAGCCUAAACAUGGCCGAGGCCAUGCGCAGGGCCCGGGUGCUAGACGUGCAGCUUCAAGAUCAGUUGGCGCCCCACAUGGAGAAGAUACGGCCUCGGCCGGGUAUCUUCGACCUAGCCUUCGUUGCCGCCAACCAGGAGGACCGCGCCGACAACGUAAUACCAGCAGGCAACAAACAGCAACAACUGGAACGCAUCCGGGCUGACAUCCGCGAGUUCGUUGCCUCGAGCAAAGUGGACAAGGUGAUCGUACUCUGGACAGCCAACACGGAACGCUAUUGUGACCUCACUGAUGGCGUCCACGACACGGCUGCAAGACUUCUUGACGCCAUCGAAAAUAGCCACCCUGAAAUCUCUCCGUCGACAAUCUUCGCUGUAGCCGCAGUGCUCGAAGGCUGCACCUACAUCAACGGGUCCCCCCAGAACACCUUCGUGCCGGGACUUCUGGAGCUGGCCAGGCAGCGCCAGGUCUUCUUGGCUGGUGAUGACUUCAAGUCUGGCCAGACAAAGCUCAAGUCGGUGCUCGUGGACUUCCUCGUGUCGGCCGGCAUCAAGCCAGUCUCCAUCGUCAGCUACAACCACCUAGGCAACAACGACGGCAAAAACUUGUCGGCUCCCGCCCAAUUCCGUUCCAAGGAAAUCAGCAAAAGCAACGUUGUUGACGACAUGGUUAACAGCAACUCCAUCCUCUACGCUCCGGGAGAGAAGCCGGAUCACUGUGUGGUCAUCAAGUACGUGCCAUACGUGGGCGACAGCAAGCGUGCCAUGGACGAAUACACGAGCGAGAUAAUGAUGGGCGGCCAUAACACCAUUGUGGUGCACAACACGUGCGAGGACUCGUUGCUGGCAGCGCCGCUCAUUAUCGAUCUGUUCGUUCUGGCUGAGCUGUGCGAGCGCAUCGAGUUCAGCGUGGCCGGCAGCAAGUUCCAGGGCUUCCACAGCGUGCUCUCUCUGCUGUCGUACCUCUGCAAAGCGCCCGCCGUGCCUCCCGGCGCGCCCGUGGUGAACGCGCUCUUCAAGCAGCGCUGCUGCAUCGUCAACGUGCUGCGUGCCUGCAUAGGCCUGGCGCCCUGCCAUUUCAUGGAUCUCGAAUUCAAGGCCAGUGACGCGUCCGUCUGGGAGCGCUCCAAGAGCGCCCUGGUGCCCGAGGAGUCCGGCUCCAAGAAGCAAGCCCGCUCGCCGCACGAGGUGCGCACCAUCGCCUGAGCAGCCACUCUGCUCGUCCCGGCCCGAAGCCACCGCCGGCCGCAGAUCUCACGCGAAGAACUGUUUUCGGGCAACUGCUGUCCCCGAAAAGCUGACACCGUCUUGGCGGGCGCGAGCCGCUGUUCACUUGCCUUCUACGCAGGACGCUAAUGUCGGAUCAAAAACGCCAGUGAAUGGAUUGCUCGUAGGGCUCUCAAAGCGCUACGUACAAAUUUCUCGUCCUGCAAUGCACAAUUGUCACAGAUCGAAUCGUUCUGGCAAGGUAGCAAUAUUGCGAUGAAAUUUGAAAUCGCUUUCUGAUCGUUGUUUCGUCAAACUAUAACUUCAGUAGCAAACCGAGACUAGGUGGCUGACGUUUAAAGUGCUUUCACGAGAAUAACAGGUAUUGCCCUGUUUUGGACCAAAGGCUGCCUCUGUACACUAGUUUCAAUGUUUUUGACGGCGCCUGCUAUGAUCACUGUCGUCAGGACUAGUAAGUACAUAAGCUUCUCACAUUUCCGCCUCCCGUCAAAUACAUGCGCGCGCGCACACACGCAUACAAAACACAUGAACACACUGGAUUCUCUCCUGACUUUCUGAACAUUCUUAUGCGUAGUCACCCUCAGCCAUGCUUUAGUGCAACUGAGGGAUCGGAGCGCUCUAGGCAGCCGAGUUCCAGCGUGCGAGUACUGAACUACUUCCUUCGUAGAUAGAGCUGCGCUUGAAAUUUGCGCCAUUUCUUCUCUUUCGCGUUCUUUUUUUUUUUUUUCGUGCACGUGUCGUGAGGAAAGUACUCAACUUGUUCUUUUGAAGCCCUUGCUUAUUAUAACUGUCUUCGCGCCUCCCUAUAGCACUAUAGUGGCAGCUUAUUUUUAAAAAUAGCUCGGUAGUUUUCAUCCAUGUAUUUUCGUGCGUAAAUAGAUGAGUGGACACGCCACGUGUUAUUGCUGUAUACUAUUCGGGAUGAGUUACGCGCCUGAGAAAAGUGUGCAUUCGCACACAGUGAUGGGAACUACGCAUUUCGCUUGAGCGAUGCGCAAUGCGAGGGUCCGUGUGUGACUGAUCUCUGUGUGGAUGACAGGGUUUGGCAGUGAGCGAAUCCAUUGCGCUUGUGCGUAUGCAUUGCGAACAACAAAUGGAACAGCUCUCUGCGGUGAAAGAAAUGGAGCGGCUUUUCCAGCUCGUUUUUGUACCUGUGCACACCUGCACAUGGGUGGGUAUCGCGCUUUAUUAAUAGACAACUUUUUUAAAUGAACACGUUUUGUUUGUGAUGUUGAAGCGCGUUCAUUUGCGUGUGUGCCGUAUUCUCAGCAACAAAGACAGCUGUCUGUAGCCACAGGAAAUGUGACGCUUGCGUCUCGUUUUACACUUGCGGUCGCAUUCGAGCACACCUGCCAGCUGCAAAUUUUUUUGCAGUUCAACCAUACUCCACGUGCUCUUAUCUGGUCACGUCACUUAUGCGCGUUUUUUUUUUUUUUCCCUACUAUUAUUAGAUUUUUCGUUCAUACACGCUGUGUGGUCUCUUGCUGGACUGAGGAGCUUUCUGGCAAUGAGAAACGCAGCAUUUUGUACCGCCGGACUCGAAGCUCGGCAAUACAUGGAAUUUGCGAGCUGUGGCUUGCAAGCUCGCGUCCCGUCAUCGCAGCGUUCUCAAACUCGGUCGCUCGCACCGAAGGCCUCCUCAAGACCAACACCUCGCUCCUCUGAGAGUCGAACACUGUUACAGUUGCAAUUUCUGGACAGUAUCGUCCUGAGAUCGUCACUGUAACUGCCGUGUCGUUGAACUCGGCGCAUGUGCAUGAGAAACCUCUCAAGCCGCGGACGUUUUAAUAAGGCUUUUCUUCCUGUGAAUGAAUCGACUGUAUUGUAUUCUGUCUUAGCGUUGCUUUUGCGCGCUUUAUAUGUCAUGUCUACCAGACGGUUUCAGUCAAGGCCAAUGUUCCUUGGAGUGUAAUGCGCGAAAGCGCGACCCUCUUCAGACUAAAAAUAAGUUGUUUUAGGAAACUGUCUUCAGUCGUUUGUGCGCACCCUGGUUGUGGUAACUAUGUGACUUGAAGAAUGUUUAGGACAAAUCAUGUCCGCACUGUUGGUAACACCACAAUGCGUGAUUUCAAAUUUUCCACCCGUACAAUACUGCUGGCUACGCCGAAUGUUUUCAGGGGCGUGAUAUUUGUUUCAACCUGGGAGUGUUUUCAUACCACCUAACUGUAACGUGUUAUACCGAGUGAGCAAGCUAGCUGAACCCGUUUCAUGUCUGUCAUGGGUCCAUUGUGUUCCUGUUUGUACAGUAUACAAUAUUGUCUUAAAUAAAGUACAACGUUAAGACAUCAA